GACCGACCGUCUCGUUCACGGAAUCACGGUGCUUUGAGUUCUGCUUAGACUCGAGUCGAGCCCGAUCACGUCGUUCUCCUCUCACUCGCUACCCUCCUACCCUACAACGGCCACUCCGUCUGCCUCUGGCCUCUACCAACGCCGGCGCUGCGGCGAGGUUGGUUGGUUGCGGCGUUGGCCAGUAGGCAAGUGGGCGGGUUUCGCGCGGGCGGCGGCGGCCCGUUAUGAACUCCAGCAAGGGCCCUGAUGGGAUUCGCAAGGAAAGAGCUUUUAGGAAGAGUGAUCAGAGCAUAGAUAGCCUAUUUUGCCAGCAUGCAUCUGGAGUAGGUUCAGCAGAUAACUGUCAGGGGAGAGACAAGGCCCCUAGCCUUGCCAAGCAUGCGAAGAAUGAGUUGUAUGAGUCAUCUGAGCCGCAGUCACAGCGAAUGUCUAUGGAUAUGGAGCCUCAGCCUGUUCAUAACAGAGAUGACCAUUUUGUCUGGCCCUGGAUGGGUGUUCUGGUCAAUGUGCCUACUGAAUGGAAGAAUGGGCGCCAUGUUGGAGAAAGCAGGAACCGGUUAAAGGAGCAGCUCUCACGCUUUUGCCCACAGAAGGUUAUUCCUUUGUGGAACUAUAGAGGCCACACUGGGAAUGCUAUUGUUGAGUUUGGAAAAGACUGGACUGGUUUCAAUAACGCGCUUGCCUUUGAAAAUCACUUUGAAGCAGAAGGAUAUGGCAAACUGGUCCGGAAGACACAGAAGCAUAGGGGCUCGGAGAUGUUUGGAUGGGUUGCAAGGGCUGAUGAUCAAAAAUCUCCAGGGACGAUUGGUGACUAUCUGCAAAAAAAUGGUGAUCUGAAAACUAUUGCUGAUGUUGAGAAUGAAGGUACACGUAAAACUGACAGACUGGUAGCCAAUUUAGCUAGCGAGAUUGAGGUAAAGAGAAAGCACGUGGAAGAACUUGAAUGCAAGUACAAUGAGAAGACUACCUCACUUGACAUGAUAAUGGAGCAAAAGGAGCAGCUCCUCCAGGCCUACAAUGAAGAAAUCCACAAGAUGCAGCAACUUGCUCGUACGCAUUCACAGAGGAUCAUUGAUGAGAAUCAGAAGCUUCGUUCAGAAUUGGAGUCCAAGAUGCAGGAUCUUAGCUUAAGAUCCAAACAACUUGAUGAGCUAGCUGCCCGUAGUAACUCUGACAGACAGAACCUUGAGCAAGAGAAGGAAAAGAACGGGAUUAAAACCAAGCAUCUUAAGAUGGCGACAAUGGAGCAACAAAGGGCUGAUGAAAAUGUGCUGAAGCUUGUGGGAAAACACAAGAGGGAGAAACAAUACGCUUUAGAUAAGAUCAUCAAGUUGGAGCAGCAAUUGAACGCCAAGCAGAAGCUUGAGUUAGAAAUAAAACAGCUGCAGGGAAAAUUGGAAGUAAUGAAGCAUAUGCCAGGGGAGGAAGACUCUGAAUCAAAGAAGAAAAUCAACGAACUUAGUGAGGAGCUACAAGAUAAGUAUGAUGAAAUGGAUGCAAUGGAAUCACUUCAUCAGACUCUGCUUAUCAAGGAAAGAAAAAGCAACGAUGAAUUGCAAGAUGCUCGGAAGAAGCUGAUAGAUGGCUUGCUGGAUAUUAUAACUGGCAGAGCAAAUAUAGGCAUUAAAAGAAUGGGCGAGCUUGAUCUGAAAUCAUUCACAGUUGCUUGCAAACACAAAUUGUCAAAACAAGAUGCAGAAGUUACUGCUGCCAUUCUUUGUUCAAAGUGGGAGGCUGAGAUUAAAAAUCCGGAAUGGCACCCUUUUAGGGUUGUCAUGGUUGAUGGGAAAGAAAAGGAAAUUCUUCGCGAGGACGAUGAGAAGCUGCGAGAACUGAAAGAAGAGUAUGGCGAAGAAGUCCAUGCAUUGGUAACAAAUGCUCUGCGUGAAGUUAAUGAGUACAACCCCAGUGGUCGCUAUGCUGUACCAGAGCUGUGGAACUAUAAGGAAGGCCGGAAAGCAACUCUGAAAGAAGUCAUCCAAUACAUCCUGAAACAGUGGCGGACGCACAAGAGGAAGCGAUGAACUAGCUUUCCUGAAAUACCGAACUAGACAUGCUGUUGUUUUAGCUUAGAGCUGUGCGACUCUUGAUGAGCAAUGUUUAUCUGUUACAAUUGUCUGGUUGUCGGAGUUUAGCUGGAUAUUUAAUCAGGUUAAUUUCGAUGCUGUGAACUUCAGAUUGUGAACAGCCUAUGCUAGCUGUCACUGCACAAUGUUCCAUGGAGUAGGCGAGUAUCAUACAUUUUGUGGCAGACAUUUUGCUACGGAUCACGUCAAUUUUCUGGGUUUA